AUGGGAAAAGCGAAGAAAGCCCCCAAAUUCGCGGUGAUGAAGAAGAUCGUCACCCACAAAGCUAUUAAACAUUACAAAGAGGAGGUCAUAAACCCUAACAGGAAGGAUUUGAGCAAGGAAAAGCUCCCCAAAAAUGUACCACAAGUUUCCUCUGCACUUUACUUCAAGCAUAAUACUGCAUUGGGGCCACCGUACAGGGUCUUGGUAGAUACAAACUUCAUAAAUUUCUCUAUCCAAAAUAAAUUGGAUCUAGAGAAAGGGAUGAUGGACUGCUUAUAUGCGAAAUGUACUCCUUGCAUUACAGACUGUGUUAUGGCUGAGCUCGAGAAGCUAGGUCAGAAGUACCGAGUUGCUUUGAGAAUUGCAAAGGAUCCUCGAUUUGAGAGGCUUCCCUGUACGCACAAGGGAACUUAUGCUGAUGAUUGUCUUGUUGAUAGAGUUACACAGCACAAGUGCUACAUUGUUGCGACCUGUGAUCGGGACUUGAAGCGAAGAAUUCGUAAGGUCCCUGGGGUACCAAUCAUGUAUAUUACUCAGCACAAAUAUUCCAUUGAACGGCUGCCUGAAGCUACGAUAGGCGGUGCUCCAAGAAAUUAA